AUGAGCUUCGGGGAAUGGAUCGACCGGGUGGAGCACUGUAUGGUCGAGGGCUUCUGCGCCCCCUACUUCUCCUACCUCAACACCAUCAUGAAGCAGCUCGGCAAGUGCCUGGUCGUCUUCGUCCACCUCAUCACCAUCUUCAUCGCGAUCACCGGCUUCUGCGUCAUUUUGCCGUAUGAGCAAAGGUAUCAGCCCCUGUGGCUUCUGGCCAUCUACUCGGUGCUGGGCGUCUACUUCCUCAUCAACAUCAUGUACCACUACACGAAAGCCCGGCUGCUGCCACCGCUGCCGGGAUUUGGGUUCGACCACAACUACUGCAAUGUGCAGCUCGACUACGCCCCGUUGCAAGGCCACAUUUGUGAAUUUGGCGAGCUGGCCAGGAAUUCGAUCAUCUUCUGCUACAUGCUGUCCUUCCUGCUCUUUCUGCUCGUCGGCGGGCUGGCGUUGUGGAACGUCUACCUCAUCUCCAAGGGCUUCACCUACGUCGACUACUUGAAAGGCUGGGACGGCCGUCCUACCGGCUACCGCAACCCCUACCACCACGGCUUCGUCGAGAACUGGCGCAACUUCCUCGGGCUGCGGCGCAACCGGACGUUCCUGCGCCAUGUGCUGCUCCCCUCGGCCCACCCGCCCAUCAUCCUCGACCAGAACGGCGAGCUCGAGAUCGGCUUCCAGCCGCUGAACACCCACGCGAGCCGCAGCGAGUCCGACGAGAUGCUCGUC